AUGGCAAACCAGCCUCUCCCAUCUCGCCCAUGGCCCAUCCUAGGUUCUGUGAGGCCAGUAGCUCCACCCCCAGCGCCUGAGGCUCAACCUCAACUUCCUGCCCCUCGUCGACCUAUUUUUCGACCAACAUUUGGUCAGGCAUUUAGGCCUACAACCCGGCCUCCACCACAACCACUGACUGCUGCUACUGCAGCUCCACCUUUCUGGGUUGGGAAUGUUUCAUCUGUUCCAUCUAAUCCGAGUCGGAAAACCACACCUCCUGAGAAAAUCAAACUACCUUCUCCUCCCCCAUCUGCUCUGACUCUGCCUCCUGCCCGCGCAAAAUCCACUCAUGAGCCGAUUGAACAGAAGAUUCUGCAAAAGCCCAACCCACCAUUCAAGCUCUCCAAUGGUGUACUGGGCGACACUGCAAAGCCAAGCAUUUCCCCCAACUACGAAAAGCGUGAGCUGACCAAGGACAUGGAGUCCAAAGACCACAAAGGUAAUCACAAGAAAGCAGACUCUGAGGAUGCUAGCAUGGAGGUCAUAACGGUUGCAGGUGACAAUAAAGGAGCCAUAAUGGAGCUAAGCCUCGCCAGCUCAAACAAAUUAGGAAGCGAUACCAGUAGCAACUACGAAGAGAAAUCGAAAAAGAUGGACAAAACUGAAAACAAAAUGGGGACCCCCUCACCACCCAUGAGUGCAUUCGUGAACAGCAAUGUACAAGCCAUUAACAACUCCAUUCUCUUCAACACCUCUCUCACCCACCACGAUCCUGGUGUCCAUGUUUUCUUCUCUGGUGGUGGUGGCCGUGGACUGCAUCUCAAGGACUCUGGAGAUGGGCAAAAUAACUAG